GGCGGAAGCGUCUGCCGGGGAAGAACAUUAGCUAGCAAAGUUGGGUGGGUAGGUUGUAACUUGAGGAAAGGAAAAAAAUCAUAAAUACAAAAUAAUUAAUUGAAUAACAGUCCCCGAGCCUUUCUCGUAUCACCAUGAUUCUGUUGGAAAUCAACAACAGGAUUAUAGAGGAGACAUUGACUCUGAAAUUUGAGAGUGCGACCAACGGGAACAAGCCUGAAGCAGUGGAAGUCACAUUUGCAGAUUUCGAUGGGGUCCUCUACCAUAUCUCCAACCCCGAUGGCGACAAGACCAAAGUGAUGGUCAGCAUCUCCCUCAAGUUCUAUAAGGAGCUGCAGGAGCAUGGCACAGAUGAGCUUUUGAAGAGGGUAUAUGGAAAUUUCCUGGUGUCGCCUGAGGCAGGCUACAAUGUGUCCCUGCUCUUCGACUUGGACUCGGUCCCGGACAACAAGGAUGAGGUGAUCCACCAGGCGGGCAUGCUGAAGAGGAACUGCUUCGCUUCGGUCUUUGAGAAGUACUUCAAGUACCAAGAGGAGGGGCGAGAGGGCGAGAAGAGGGCCGUCAUCCACUACAGAGACGAUGAGACCAUGUAUCUUGAGGCAAAGAAGGACAGAGUGACGGUGGUCUUCAGCACCGUGUUCAAAGAUGAUGAUGACGUCAUCAUCGGGAAGGUCUUCAUGCAGGAGUUUAAGGAGGGUCGUCGCGCCAGCCACACUGCCCCGCAGGUGCUGUUCAGUCACAGAGAGCCCCCCCUGGAGCUGAAGGACACGGAUGCUGCUGUGGGGGACAACAUCGGCUACAUCACCUUCGUCCUGUUCCCUCGACACACCAGUGCAAGUGCCAGAGACAACACCAUCAACCUUAUCCACACCUUCCGGGAUUACCUGCACUACCACAUAAAGUGCUCCAAGGCCUACAUUCACACACGCAUGAGAGCCAAGACCUCGGACUUCCUCAAGGUCCUGAACAGGGCCCGGCCCGAUGCCGAGAAGAAGGAGAUGAAGACAAUCUCGGGCAAGACCUUCUCACGCUAAAAAGUGGGCCUCCUGCGCUCGGACACGCCCGGACACACCGCGCCAUGCCCACCUCAGGUUUGGACGCUCACUUUCUGCCCAACGCAUUCCAGUUUUCAGAAGCUGUCAAUUUACGGAAGCAACAAGGAGAGAUGAGCAUUUCAUGCUUAGCCUAGCUAGAAAGAAAAUAAUGUUUGCUACACGUGUAUAAAUGAAUUUUUUAUAUGAUGUUCUCUUUUAUGACAUUGGACAUUUGAUACCGCCGCCUUGCCGCCUGUCUUUGCUGAUUACCAACAGUGUUCGCUAAAGGAAUCCCUUUUACCCUGCCCCAUGUGUAC